AUGGGGAAUAGCCCAAGCACCUCGAAGACGCAUCCCGCCUCGUCCUCGUCUUCAUCUUCGCCUACUCCCCGUGACUCUUCCCGUACCUCAUCCUCCUCACAGCGCCGCGACCCUCGACAUCUGAUCCAGGCCCAACGGGCGCCCGCCGAUUUGUCCACAGCCCAAGCUCUCGGGACUACACAUCGAUAUCAAAAGUCCGUGUCACAGUCACAGUCGCAGUCGCAGCCGCAGCCGCAGCCGCAACCGCAACCGCAACCGCAUGCUGCUGCAUCACCGCAAAGGCCCUCGAAUCAAAGCAGCACAACUUAUACUUCCUCGAUUCACAGCAACAAACCGCCGAACCACCAUAUGGGUGUUCAACAAUCAAAAGACGAGUCCAAACCAGAGACUCGAGAUCGAGACCGAGACCGAGACCAACCCAGCAAGCCAGUCAAUGUCCCUAUACCUGCGCCGAAUCCCGACUCCCCUGCUUCACGACCAUAUUCGCACUCUUUAGACCCCUCUGGGCCGCCAGCAACACAAGACAUGUCCUACCACCUCACUCGCCCUCCGCGGCUACCCCUCCCCAUCGAGGAGGAGGUCCACACGCCAGGCUCGCCCAUAAUAGCCCCGACAGAUAUGGAUGCGCCCGUCUUAGAUAUUGAGUCUUUGGACGACGACACUCUACGUCGGCGGUCGUCGGCACUGAGUACCACUACGGUUGACGAAGAAGAUGCGGAGGAGUUGCGAAUCGACAAGGACAAGGCUUCGGUACCGACUACCUUCGAAUGGAAGACGACUGGAGCAGGUGAGAAGGCCUACGUGACUGGGACGAUCUUCCAAUGGAACAAGAAAUAUCGUCUUAAUCCUGUCGAGGGUCAACCUGACCUUCUGAGAGCUAUCGUUCAUGUUCGUCCUGGAACCCACCAUAUCAGAUUUAUUGUCGAUGGCGUUAUGCAGUGUUCCAAGGCCCUCCCGACAACAGUCGACUUUGGCAACAACCUGGUAAACUAUAUUGAAGUCAGUGCCGACGACAUACCUCAAGAUGUUCCUACAAUUAUACAAGCACCCGGUGCACCUGUCCACGGUGUUGAAGGUCUUCCUGAUACCCACGCAAAGAGUCCUCCCAAAAUAGAGCCCGAGGCGGACGAGGAAGAAGGAGAGGACUCGAAAGCACCGAAGCCUCCCAAGACAAAGCUGGUCUUACCAUCAGGACUUUUCUCUUCACAGAUUCCACAAUAUCUCGUCGACCUGGACAAGGCAGAAGACUCUACGGCUUACCAAUAUGCGGCUGCUGCGAUCGAAAAGCUGCCGACACCUCCCAGUCUUCCUGGUUUCCUGGGCAAGCCAAUCUUAAAUGCCGCUACGCCAAUGAAGGACGAUAAUAGUGUUCUGACCAUGCCAAACCACACUGUACUCAACCACUUGGCGACCAGCAGCAUCAAGAACAACAUCCUAGCGGUAUCAGCUACCACCAGAUACAAGAGAAAGUAUGUCACAACAAUCAUGUACAAACCAACAGGAGAGGAUUGA